CCGCUUGGUAAUUUGGUGCGUUUGCGUGCCAGUGGCAGUGCCAGUGCCUGUGCCAGUGACAGUCGAGAGAGUCAAGACGCUACCAGGCAGACUAGUCGCUGGAUGAGUCUCCGUUCGCGUCAUCGAAUUAUUAUAAUUAGCAUAGUUGGGGGGGACACAACCGCAGGCAGAUAAACGGCAUCGGAAUUUAUCGCAGCUAGUGGAAAUUUUGUGAAAACAAAAGCCGCUUUCGUAAGGGGAAAAGUUCCAGUUCCAGAGGACACGAAUAUGCCAGACUCCGACUCCGAAUCGGAGAUCCUGGCCGGCGCCACCGACGACAACGUCCCCCUGUGGACGGCUGGGAAUGUGAGCCAACUGCUCGGACCGGCACGCGAUCCAUUGGCCAUUGUGGUGCCGGUGACAGUCGUCUACUCGCUGAUAUUCCUCAGCGGCGUGGUGGGCAACAUUAGCACCUGCAUCGUAAUCAAGAAGAACCGCUCGAUGCACACGGCCACCAACUAUUACCUCUUCUCGCUGGCCAUCUCCGAUUUCCUACUGCUGCUCUCGGGCGUGCCCCAAGAGGUGUGGUUCAUCUGGUCCAAGUAUCCGUACGUUUUUGGCGAGUACUUCUGCCUGGGACGCGGUCUGCUGGCCGAGACCUCGGCCAAUGCCACCGUCCUGACCAUCACCGCCUUCACCGUGGAGCGCUACAUAGCCAUCUGCCACCCGUUCCUAGGGCAGGCGAUGAGCAAGCUCAGUCGGGCCAUACGCAUCAUCGGUCUCGUCUGGGCCCUGGCCGUGCUCACAGCCAUCCCGCAGGCGGCGCAAUUCGGGAUCAACAGCUACGCCGGCGUGGACAAGUGCGUGGUGGUGCGCGUCAUCGUCGAGCACUCGUUUCAGCUCUCCACCUUCAUCUUCUUCUUUGCGCCCAUGUCCAUCAUCUUUGUGCUGUACCUGUUGAUAGGCCUACAGCUCUACCGCUCCAACCUGAGCGAUGGCCCGGCCCCAGCUCUGGCGCCGUCCCGGAGGCCGCCGCUGAAGAGUGUGCAGUCGGACACUAUCCUGUACCGCUACGCCGGCUCCAACUCCGCGGUGAACAUCAAUGGUGGGGGAUCGGGCGCCCAGCUGAGCUCCGUGCGGGGUCGACUCAAUCACUAUGGCACACGGCGUGUGCUGAGGAUGCUCGUUGCUGUGGUGGUCUGCUUCUUCCUAUGCUGGGCCCCCUUCCAUGCCCAGCGACUGAUUGCCAUCUAUGCCCCCGCCCGGGGCGCCAAGCUGCACGAACAGCACGAGCUUCUCUACACGGUGAUGACUUACGUCUCCGGGGUGCUCUACUAUCUCUCCACCUGCAUCAAUCCGCUGCUCUACAACAUCAUGAGCAACAAGUUCCGCGAGGCCUUCAAGAUAUCCCUAUUUCAGGCCGUGCUCUUUGGCAAAAAGUUGUCCAAGGGUUCGUUGAACUCCCGCAACCACAUCGAGUCGCAGCGGUUGAGGAGAGCCCUGAACUCCUCCAGCCAGACGCAACGCGUUUCCAUUGAGUCGGCGGAUGCGCAACAGUCGAAACAGACACUAACGCAGACCCCGCACCAUGAUCGUCUGGCCCUGGCCAAGCCGCAGCUCGCUUCCCAGUACGCCAUGAUCAAUGCCCAGAUCAACUAGAGGCGGACGAGAGGCAACUCAAUCUCCAGCCUCUCAUCGAGCCGCUUGCUUCCGAAUGCUAAUUUAUUUAUAUAUUGUUUAAGCCAGAUUCUUAGUUAGUCACUUGUUUUUGUCUUUACCGAGUCCACUGCUACGGCCGCUAUUGCUGUUGCUGCUGCUACCAAAGCGUUUAGUACAACCUGCAUUUGCAUUCAUUUGCCUUGCAAUUAGACCUUAAUUACUCGCUCUCUCGCUCUGUCUACUAUACAUUUAUCUACUAUAAAGAUUUUCAUUCAUACAGAAUCAAAAUCAGUGUCGGCACGAGUUCGCCUGAGCUAGUCUUUCAAGCAUUAAGAUUUACGGCUAUUUAGUAUAAGAAUAGUAUUCAAUGUGCUUCGCUCUCUGCAAUUAACUUAAUAGCGGCACGCCUAGAGGGGAUUUACGCUGGAAACAAAUGCUUUGCAGACUCAAGAAUAGAAAGAAGAAAGCAAGUACAUAUAGCUUUGCGAAUUCUAUGUCUAAGAAAAUAUGCUUAAACCAAACAGAACAACAAAAAUGUGGCACAAAUAUUCGAUAUAUAUUUUAGAAGCUAAGAUUCUAAAAAAAGUCAUUAAUUCUAUUCAAAUACUGUCUCCUUUUAAAAGCAAUUUCAGUUGGAAAUCAUAAAUAUAUAAUAUUUAGAGACAUUGCUCUGAUUGAUUCAUAAUUUUAAGAGAGUCAAAAGGGUACGACUAUUCAG